AUGGAGAGGGAUCAGCGACGGCAUGAAAGGGAAAUCCGGGAUCUUCAGAUUCCCUUCGCAUCCAAACUUGGGAUGAAAGAAGGGGAAGAGAAGCCGAGUAAGCGACGUUCGGCGAUCAAACCGACAGAAGAUGGCAUGCCGAAGAUGCGGGCAAUCAACAGUAAAUGGCGGUUAAUUCGAAGGAACGAAAAAGUUGAGGGAGAAAUUGGGGGAGAAGUGUUGUAA